AUGGCGGCAGAAAUCUGCCGUUGUGCAAUUUCUGUAGAGAUGCCAGGCUUGGGAAAAUGGGGCAUGGGGGAGCUGAUGCCGCGGACCCUGGAAGGCCAGCUGACCAUGGAGAAGACGCCCAGCUACUUCGUGACGGGUGAGGCGGCCGGGCGCAUCCACGCCAUGGCCAAGGACACCAAGCUGAUCGUGGUGGUUCGGGACCCGGUGACGCGGGCGAUCUCCGACUACACGCAGACGCUCUCCAAGAAGCCCGAGAUCGCCACCUUCGAGGUGCUGGCCUUCAAGAACCGGACUCUGGGGCUGAUCGAUGCCUCCUGGAGCGCCCUCCGCAUCGGCCUCUACGCGCUGCACCUGGAGAGCUGGCUCCAGUACUUCCCGUUGGCCCAGAUGCACUUUGUCAGCGGGGAGCGGCUCAUCUCGGACCCCGCGGGGGAGCUGGCCAAGGUACAGGCCUUCCUGGGCCUGCGGAGGGUGGUGACCGAGAAGUACUUCCAUUUCAACCAGACCAAGGGCUUCCCUUGCCUCAAGAAGCCGGAGGAGAGCGGCGCGCCCCGGUGCCUCGGCAAGUCCAAGGGCCGGACUCACCCCGUCAUCGACCGGGACGUCAUUCAGAGGCUGCGCAAGUUUUACAAGCCCUUCAACGUCAUGUUUUACCAAAUGACGGGCCAGGAUUUCCAGUGGGAGCAGCAGCAGCAGACAGGGAUGUGAUACAGCCGCGGCAAACGGCUUUUUCUUCAGAGAUCCACCUGCAGUGACGAGAGCCUGGCCUGACUUCCAAGGGCCAACUGCCCCCUCCCCAGUGUUGGGGAUGAGUGCUCAGCAGACUGAAGAGGCUUCAGGGCAACCAUUUGCCGCCUGAUUCCUCCCACUUUCCGAGACCAGGAGGGCGCCCCGAGAGCCCCAGCUCUGCCUUGGAGACAUCUCUGCUGUCCAGAGAGAAGAGGGGGGGCUGGGUGCCCUUGCUCCCCAGCUGGGGAAGAAGAGCCAUUUCACACGUCCUGCAUCCUGCGCCGUGUCUUCAGAUGUUUAUUUUUGCUAUGGUUGAGCCGCUGAGCAGACGGAGGAGAUCGCCCUGUUCUCGGGGAGCCCGUUCUGGAAAGUGGCAUCCCGGUGGGGGAGGCUGCCCUGGUGUUUAAUGGUUGGUGUGGCCCUUCCCAACAGAGGAGCGGAGGGGGGCAAUUCUGCUGUAUGAAAUGCUGCCGGUUUCCUGUUUUCUGGACGGCUGGUUCAUUUCCUCUGCCAGCCUCGCCUUUUGCUGUGCAAGAAGACCGUCUGUCUUCUGAGGAAGCCACCAGCUCAGGAAACGUUCCUUUUUCCUUUCUUUUUUUCUGUUUUGUCUUCCCUGUUUAAAUGUCAGCCUCCCUGGCACAGAGAGAUUGAAUUUUCUAUUUGAUUUCAAUUAGCAAGGCAUAAAUUAUACUUAAUUUUCUGCUCCCAGAGACGGGAUGAGUCAUUGUCCCAGAAAGCUGGCAAUGUUAUAGUUCAGCCAUUGACAAUGGAAGGAUUCAUUGCCUGGAAGGGAAAUUGCCCUCUCUGCCUCCUCCUCCUCCCCUGCCCCCCCCCCAUCCUCUGAGUCUCCACCAUC